CCUGUGGGCGAACCUCACAACAAUCAACACCCACAACUUCCUGUGGGCGUUCCUCACAACAAUCAACACCCACCAAGACACGUCAUUCCGCAGCCAGGCACCCAUGUCAUAUGACGGGGAGGUCAAUGAUCCUGACAAGAAAAUGGCGGAAUUUGAGGAGCUACGGAUGCUUAACGGUCACAUAUAAUAAGGAUUUCUAAGAACAAAGGAAAUGCACACGUAAGAGCGAUCGAGCAUGGACCAUAUAAUGAAGGAGCAUGGUAUCAAGUUUCAGAGUGUCAGAGCUACAAGUGUUACUGGGCUUCGCUGGGCGAAACAAGAGUGGUCGCAAGCAUGAGCUCCUUCUGAGGGUCUUGCACCUCCUGAAGAACGCCUCCUGCAGUCCAGCCGUCCAGAUCAAAAUCAAGGAACUUUAUCGACGCCGCUAUCCCAGGACGAUAGACACUAGUCAUACCGACUUGGCUGCCAUUAAGUCUGCGUUCUCCACGGCAGCGGAAGUAGGUUGUGGUGUUACCCUGGUAACCUCUGACCUCAGUGACCUGUCCCCUGACGGCGCCGGUGUCUCCCGGGACUCUGACCAGGUCUCCGAUUCGCUGCUCCUCUCCGGUGAUUCUCUGGUCCUGUCUGGUGAUUCGCUGCAGCUCCACGAGGAGACCUAUAAGGAGCUGAGGAUGAACCUCCAGCAGCCCGCCCCUCUCAUCCCCCCUGUCCACCCAGACGUCCAGAUGAAGUCUCUGCCAUUCUACGACGUGUUGGACAUCCUCAUCAAACCCUCCAGCCUAGGAGCCAGCACUGUUCAGAGAUACCACCAAGAGAAAUACUUCAUCUUCGCCUUGACGCCUCAACAAGUCAGGGAGGUGUGCAUCUCCAGGGACUUCCUACCAGGUGGCAGAAGAGACUACAUGGUUCAGAUACAACUGAGGUUCUGUCUGUCAGAAACCAGUUGUCCCCAAGAAGACAACUACCCCAACAGUCUCUGCAUUAAAGUUAAUGGGAAGCUCUUCCCCCUGCCGGGUUAUGCCCCGCCCCCUAAAAAUGGAGUGGAACAGAAGAGACCUGGAAGACCUCUAAACAUCACCUCAUUGGUUAGAUUGUCCUCUGCCGUACCCAAUCAGAUCUCUGUAACGUGGGCAGCCGAAAUCGGAAAGACGUACUCCAUGUCGGUGUACCUGGUGAGACAGCUCACAUCACCUCUACUGCUGCAGAGGCUCAGGAUGAAGGGCAUCAGAAACCCUGACCACUCCAGAGCACUGAUAAAAGAGAAGCUGACCGCAGACCCUGACAGUGAGAUUGCCACAACCAGUCUGAGAGUGUCGCUCAUGUGCCCCCUGGGUAAGAUGCGUCUGACAGUGCCGUGUCGAGCUGUCACCUGUUCCCACCUGCAGUGUUUCGACGCAGCGCUCUACCUGCAGAUGAACGAGAAGAAACCCACCUGGGUCUGUCCUGUCUGUGACAAGAAGGCCCCCUAUGAGAGCCUCAUUAUCGACGGGUUGUUCAUGGAGAUUCUGAACGACUGCUCUGAUGUGGAUGAGAUCAAGUUCCAGGAGGAUGGGACCUGGUGCCCCAUGAGACCAAAGAAAGAGGCCCUCAAUGUGUCCUCAACCUGUAUCCCAAAAAUAGAACCGCGUCUGUGUGCCGUGGUCCCCUCCCACAGCGAGCCCAGCUCGGCCAAUAAGAAGGCAGACGUGAUCGACCUGACCCUGGAGAGCUCGUCAGAGGAGGAGGAGGAGGAGGAGGAGGAUCCUGACCCGCCGCUGAAGAAGAGAUGCCUCUACAUGUCCAAGACGGAGGAGGUGCACGCCAAGGGAGUGUUGACGUACCAGCCGUCGACGGUGCGCCUGCCAAAUGUACAGGCCCUGGACACGCCUUACCUGAUGUCUUCACUAGCAGACUAUGCAGUCCCCUUCCACCACUCUACCCUGUCCACCAUCCCUACAGACAUGCAGAGUCUGGAUCUGUUCUCGCUGAUCCAAGGUGACUCACAGCAUUACAGAGCUCCCAUGUUCCUGGAUAACCUGACCAGCAGCCUGCAGGGUGCCACCACUAGCGCCGCCCUGGUGUCCUCUUCUAGCCAGUACGAGCCCAGCUCCCACCACCACACCACCACCACCUCCUCAUCCUCCCAUGAGACUGGGGUUAUCACCGGGGGGGCAGGGUCAAACAGCAUCUCAGACAUCAUCUCAUUGGACUGAUCCUCUGGUCCCUGAGAGCUCAUUGGACUAAGCCUCCUAUCAGACACAAAGCCUUCGAGGACUGAGGUAGUGCGCUAUAUAGGGAAUAUCGUGCCAUUUUGGACGCACACCAUGUCCACAGGCCACCGUGGGACAGGGAGAUCCCAGAGCUAGGCUAAGUGGUCUGCUUCCCUGGGUUCCUUUCCUUUUAUCGGUCUAUGAACAAUUGGAACAGAUGACAGAGUUGUCUGUCUGCUAAUGAAGUUAGGAAACAUUGCUUUCUUUCACCAUGCCCCCUGCUUUGUUAGAUCAGUGCCGAUGAAAGGAAACUAGGAGAGGAAGCCAUUUUAGAUAGUUGAGACUGUUGGACCCAUUGACUCCAAAGCCUUUUCUCAAUUGGAUUUGCUCAACUCCUGCAUCCUCUCUCGCCUCCUUUUGAAAAAGGUCAAAGGUAAUCGAGGUGAAUGAACGUGGACGAAAAUGACAUUGACAGGGGUGGAUCCCAAAAUGUGUAGUGAUUUUUUUUUUUUUUACCGAAUGAAGUUAGUUGUGCAAGACAUUUUAUAGCUACAACGAUAAGUAGCAUGUAGAUUAUAAACGUCUGUAUGCUUUUCUCCUCCCACAAAACAACAGCUCCUCCCACAAAACAACAGCUCCUCCCACAAAACACGGCAGAUUUCAAAACUCUUCCGUGAAGGACUCCGGUAGGAUACACAUGACUAUCCACGAGGAAAGGUGGCUUUCGAGGAGAGGAGGAAACUCUUUGGUUCGCCUACUAACGAAUUGACAUCUCCCUUGACCACUCGACCACUUAUCGGUUUCCCGGAUCACAGAGGAGAGGACGGAGGAUGGAUGUUUCCCAAAUAGAAAAGGCCCACGUUAACUGAGCUGGCCUCACCCCACACACACACACCCCUGACCUCUGACCUGAAGUGGAAGAGAAGGGGAGGGAAUUUUACCAGUCUGUCUGUCUUCACAUUAUGUGGAAGUUUUCUAUUGGAUGAGUUGAUAUGGAAGCAUUCCGCAGGAAGUGAGACAAUGUGUGGGGAGGGGGGGGUGACUGUUGAUUGGUUAAAAACGUAUCUUUGUCAGUACCGAGGAGGAUUUAUCCCAAGGCAGCUCACUGUUCUACUAACUCAUUAACAGUGGAUGUGUGUUCCCCUUCAGUCACAGCAAUAAUACUGAGUUUUCCAGAUCUGUACAUUGAACAUGGUUGAAAGUGUAUCUAAAACAUGACUGCAUUACAACUUAGUUCUUUGGGGGGGAAUCCAUGAAUUGGCGGUACAAUUCGUUUUUUGUACAAAUUAUCAAAAAUGAAACAAACUAGAGUGUUGAGUGUUUAUAAAAUGCUGCCAACUUUCCCAGCGUUUUGAAAAAUGGUUUUGUAUUUAGUUUGACCUUGUGUGUAUGUACCAUCUAAUUCUUUUUUUUGCGGUCUUGGAGCAUCCCCUUUUUGUUGUAUGUGUAAAAUUGUAUAUGAGUUAAUGUCCCCAAAUCCCCAAAUGGUUUCCGUCCCACAUUUUGAACCUUUCGUUUGUUGAGUAGAAGGUUAAGCAGGAUAUUUUAACACCACAACAUAGCUGUGUAGAGAGAAGUUGUCAAUUGAGCAUUCUUUUGUUGAACGUAGCAAAACGCAAUCAGGGCCUGAAAUGGUGAAUUGUAUUUAAUGAACAAAACUCAAUAGAUAAAUUAGCUAAGGCAAUUAGUGCUGCAGUUUUAAAGUGUAGAAAUGAUAUGUUGGCCCACAGCCUUGUAUGAGUUGUUUAGGGAAAGGGGACCUACCCACUAAAACGUUAGGACUUACAUUAGAUGAAGUUAGGUUAAUGUUUUAAAAUGGAACCAGAAGUCUUAUGCGAACUUGAAUUUAAGGGAAUAGAUAUUUAAUAUGUUAUGGGAAAUGUAGCCCUACUUAGCUGGUUAAGUUACGGUAACUUAAAAUACUAUGUGAGUAGAAAUUUAAAAAUGUAGGUAAAGGAUGCUCCUCUUGUUUCGCUAUGGGUUACGGAUGCUCCUCUUGUUUCGCUAUGGAUAAAGGAUGCUCCCCUUGUUUCGCUAUGGGUAAAGGAUGCUCCUCUUGUUUUGCUAUGGGUAAAGGAUGCUCCUCUUGUUUCGCUAUGGGUAAAGGAUGCUCCUCUUGUUUCGCUAUGGGUAAAGGAUUAUCCUCUUGUUUUGCUAUGGGUAAAGGAUGCUCCUCUUGUUUCGCUAUGGGUAAAGAAUCCUCCUCUUGUUUCGCUAUGGGUAAAGGAUGCUCCUCUUGUUUUGCUAUGGGUAAAGGAUGAUCCUCUUGUUUCGCUAUGGGUAAAGGAUGCUCCCCUUGUUUCGCUAUGGGUAAAGGAUGCUCCUCUUGUUUUGCUAUGGGUAAAGGAUGCUCCUCUUGUUUUGCUAUGGGUAAAGGAUGAUCCUCUUGUUUUGCUAUGGGUAAAGGAUGCUCCUCUUGUUUCGCUAUGGGUAAAGGAUGCUCCUCUUGUUUUGCUAUGGGUAAAGGAUGAUCCUCUUGUUUUGCUAUGGGUAAAGGAUGCUCCUCUUGUUUCGCUAUGGGUAAAGGAUGCUCCUCUUGUUUCACUAUGGGUAAAGAAUCCUCUUGUUUCGCUAUGGGUAAAGGAUGCCAUCAUGACGCAAACAGACAAACAACAAGGUGCUCAUUUUUUAUUUGCUGUCAGGAUCUCACAGACUUAAACAAUAAAGCUGUAUCUUUUUUAA